GCUUUGUGCCUUUAAAUCCCUGUUUGUUCACUUAGUGAUUAUUAACUUAGCAACAAAAACCACACCAAGGUCAUUUCUCUCCAAAACGGAGCUUUACGCUAUGAAUGCAAGAAACCUUCACCUAAUGGACGGAUUCAUUUUCCUUUGCGAGCUUUAUAUACUUUAGAACACCUUUUGUUUGUUUCACAAGAACAACAAUUUAACGGGACAGUAAAGUGUAAAGUAUCCUCUAGUUUCCAGCUGCGUUUUAUCUGAGGAGCCUGCAGCUGCUGUGCGCGUGACCUGGGCUCCUUCCCAUAAACAGCACACUUACGCACUAAAUACAGGUGGCAGUAACCUACUAUUUCGGCAUGUGGUUUGAGGCAUUACGAAAGCACCUAGUAUUCAUACUAUUUACCACAUACUAAGGUAGGUAGGAUGAUGGUUUGGACGUAACCACAGUCACAUGGCUCUCAUGCAUGUUUGAUGAAGGCUACUUUGAUUUUGACCAUGGAUCAGCAAAGCAUGGCGAGUUUUAAGGUGAACUCGGGAUGCCAAAGAUCUGGACAGUUACGACAUGAAUUGUCUGUGGAGCAAACCAGCAAUGAUCUGGACACGUUUAAAACCGUGGACAUGGAAAAUAAGCUUUUAAGAACAACAGGGAGUGUAAAAGGGACCUCAAUCAUUUCUGAAGACAAAAUCCCCACAGUAUUGCCGCUUCAGCUGGCUAUAGCAGAAGGUCCGGACCGGCUUCCUGCUGACAAGAACACACAGGAAGUUCUGUGUGGGAAGCUGCGUGUGCUGGAGGCUGACCUCUGCAAUAUUACAUCCUUGCUCUCUGAAUUUUCUGCUCAUCUGGUGUCCAUCAACAGUGAGGAAAGGACCAUAUUUAUCACUUUUAAAACAUUUGAGGAAAUAUGGAAGUUCACCACAUACCACAGAAUGGGUUUCCUGCGUCAGUGUUUGGGGAAUCUUCUUUUGGACCAAGAAUUCUGGCUUAACGCUUUAGACCAGGAGGACUCAGGAAUUGAGGUCUCGUUUAAUGAGGAGGCUCUAAAUCAGAUGUACAAAGGCUUUUUGAUGCAAGAAGGCUCUUUUUUUGGGACUUGCACAGUGAAUCAGAUGUUUGACAGCUCCACCUCAGGCAGUGAUCUUUAUCUUGAAAAGGGUGAUAUUGCUCUGUUUGAGCCUCCAUUUCUGGGUUCAGGGUGGACUGUGCUAUCACUGGCAGAUGGAUCAAGAGGGACUAAAGCUCGGCCAGCACUGGAACCUGUUAUUCCAUUUCAUGAGUGGUUUCUGAAGUCAUGUCCUGAAUGGGUUUUGGUAGGCAGUGGAAAAACAUGCUCUGAUCUCCCAUUUCAAAUUGCUUUAGGUAUCUGUGAGGCUACAGAGGUGUAUGAUGGUAAUGGACCAGAUGAGCUCAGUUUUGAGGCUGGUGAUCGCAUCAUCAUCACAGGCCUACUGGUGACCUGUUUUGAGUGGUUCAUGGGCAAGCUGGAGAGGACUGGUGAAAUGGGACUUGUCAAAACGAGCCUUGUAAAAGCAACCGAGUCUCUUUCUGAAGCUGAUGAAAUAUUUAUGAAACAAGAAGACAGAACCAUUUUCAACUUGGAACAAGAGACGAUUAAAAAGGAAACUAUUGCUUUUUUAAAGAAAACCUGCCAAGGCAAUCUUACUACAGUCUACAAACUUGAUUCAGCAAAUUCAAGAUCAGUUGAAGAUGGACCCAGCGACAGUGAAUGUGUAGGCAUGAACAGAAAUAUCAGCAAUAUUUUGAGUGAAAUAAAGGAAAAUCUUCAAAAUGACCAGACACAAGACAGCGAGAAGCUCCGAAUAGAUAAGCCCAUCAGAUCCACAGAGUCACCCCAGGAUAUCCCUCACUUUACUGUAUGUUCAGAACAGGAUGGAUCCAGUCCAGAUAGAUAUUAUUCCCUCCUGUCCUUCCUAAGCAGCAGGGAUCAUCUGCCUGAGUUUCAGCUUCUCUAUGCUGCCUACCCAGAAUUCCUCCUUUUGCAUUUCCAGGGCCACAGUGAUGAGGAGGAGCUGGUAGCAUAUUUAGGUGUUGCACGGGAAAUGGCAAGAAAAAAACGGAUGUCAUGGGCACAGAGCAGAAUCUGUUUCCUCUUGGGACAGUUGUGUGCGGGAAGGUCAAAGUUCUCCCAGGCACGCGUGUAUUAUGAGGAAGCCUUAAGCAUACCCAGAGACUAUUUCACAGAUAGGUACCUUCUCUCUGCCAUCUACUCUAACCUGGCCCUCAUCUAUCUCACACAAAAAAAUGCAGAGAAGUAUCUCGCUCUAUCUGAACGCUUUGCUGCUUUAUUGAUGGCAUUCUGUGACUAUUUAUCUGGCACAGAAGACCCAGAGGUGUUGAAGUUUGCGCUGAAAAAGGCAAUUCUCUCCUAUAACAAAGCUGCAGAAGCCCGCGUCUGUUUCCUGCUAGCCAAGUUUUAUCUGAAGCUUGGAGAAGGGAUGAGUGCAGUGCCUUUCAUUGAGCGCCUACAGAUUUUGGCAGAUGAGAUGCCUGGAACAUGUGACAGGAUGCGAAGUCAUAGUUUUUUACUUUUAGCAAAGCUUUAUAGUGACUGUGGUCUUCUUUACCUAGCUGAGAGCUCAGCGCAGCAAGCAUGUCAACAGGUGUCUUCGUCUGUCACUGACUGUUUCUGCAGCAUCUCUUUGCUGUUAGAGAUAGCUCGUGAACUGUAUGGUGUGGACAUCCCAGCACAGGUGGCUCCAUGUUUGACUCGAGCUGCUGCUUUAGAAUCUGCUGACAUGGAGCCCAGUCUUUCACAUGCCUAUGCCCUGUGUCUGUCUUGGCUCUUCCACAAGCAUGGCAUGCCUAAAAAGGCAGUUCAUUACAUGUGUGACUUCCUUAACCAUUCCUCUGCUACCACUCUCAGCCAGUCUGAUGCCAGCGCUGUACUUAUCUGGCUGGCGUGGUUGUAUAUCUGUGACUUGCAGCACCACAGUGCACUGGAUGUUCUGGACUCAGUCCUGUCCUCCCUCCCCGAGCACUGCACAACCCAGCUGGAGGGUGUCAUUUAUAAUAUGCGUGGUAUCACUUUGAGACACGCCGGUGAUGUCAAACAAGCCGCAGAGAAUUUCCAUGCUGCAGUCGAUGUCUGUGAGGAGUUUGAAGACAGACGCAACUGGGCCAUAGCACUUGCUAACUUUGGCUUCUUGAGUCUGCAGGCCAACGCAAAGAGGGUAGCGGAAGAGCAGCUUACCCAGGCAAUAGAGCUAUUCUCUGAGCUAGAGGAUGAAGACCAUGAGCUGAACUUUGUUGUUGUACUUCUAGCACUUGGGAAGCUUUAUAUCACGCAGGGUUUUUGUGAGAAAGGAAAGGUCUGCUAUGAGUGGGCCCUGCUGAUUUCCAUCCUCAGUGAUAACUCAGAGAGCCAGCUGCAAGCUACGCAUCACCUUUGCCAGCUCUAUAGUGAAGCAUGUCCCGAUGAAGCUCAGUGUAUCAUCUACAACGAACACCAGCUGAACCUGCUGCACCAGACAGGAGACAGAACCCUGGAGGCAGAGAUAUUGGAGAAGAUCAGUCUGCUGUACCUCAGCCUGGGCACAGAGAAAGCAAAUAGAUGUGCUCUGGACUACACCAAAAGAAGUAUAGGGAUCUACAUCGACAUGGGAACGAAGAGGAAAGAGGCUCACGGGUGGCUUCAGGCAGGAAAAAUCUACCACCUCCUCAAACAGACUGAGCUGGUGGAUCUCUAUGUGCAGGUAGCGCAGGACAUUGCUUUAAGCACCGGAGACACACUAUUCAUUCUGGAGCUGUUGGAGGUGGCAGGGGACGUGUUCUUUAACAGCACACAGGACAGAGAGAAAGCUGUCUGCUUCUACAGGGAUCGAGCUCUUCCAAUAGCAGUGAAGACAAGCAGUGUGCGUUGUCAGCUCAGAUUGUGCAAUAAGCUAGCAGAGUUGCUGCUCCAGUUGGGACAGCAUAGAGAAGCUCUGGAGUUUGCACAGACUGCAUUAGAGAUCAGUGUCAGUCUGGCUGACCGUUUGAAUGAGCGUGUGGCGUUUCAUCGGCUGGCUACGCUCUACCACUGCCUGAGUCAGUUUGAGCUGGCUGAACACUACUUCCUCAAGGCGCUCUCACUCUGUCCCUCACCCUUGCAGUUUGAUGAGGAAGCUCUGUACUAUGUCAAGGUCUAUCAAACACUGGGUGACAUUAUCUUCCACGAUCUGAAGGACCCAUUUGAUGCAGCAGGUUAUUACCAUCUCGCCCUGGCAGCUGCUAUGGACCUGGGCAAUAAGAAGUCUCAGCUUGAGCUGUGUACUCGCCUAGCCACUAUCUACCACAACUUCCUCAUGGAUCGUGAGCUCUCCCUGCACUUCUACCAACGUGCCCGGGUCUUUGCUGCUGAUCUUAAUAUCCGCCGCAUCAACCUAUCACCAGACCAGAGUUUCUGCACCAAAUCCCAAUACAGGAUCACAGCCUCACAGGAGACAGGCUAGACAAUCAAACAGUACUGAGAAAACAGAAACCUAAACUGCACUGAAGCACACCAUUGUAAUGUUUACAGUCUUCUGACCAGAUGUUUUGUGUAUUGGUUCAUUUACUUUUAUGUGAGUUGACUGGCUUGCUGAUAUUUGAAGACAGAAAUCCUAACUGAUUUAACAUUUGCUUAUGUUGCUCCAGGAGUCAAUUUUAAAGAGUGUCCACUAAAGGAUAAAAUGUAUGUAUAUGUAAUAUAUGACUGAAGAAAAUCAAUCCACAUUAAGUAGAUGAAUAUAAUAAUAAUAACAAUAAUAAUAAUAAUUAUAAUAAUAAAUACAGAAUCUUUAUGUACAUGUCCAUGCCUCUAAUCAGCCAUUAUUUCAUUCGGCAUUUGGCAAGCUAAAGUUACUAUUGCUAAAGUUAUACAUUUCUAAGCGAGUGUGUGUGUGUGUGUGUGUGUGUUGCCCUUCAGUGGACCCAGGGUGUAUUCCUGCUUCAUGUCCAGUAUUCCUGGGAUGGACUCCAGAUUCACCUCAAUCCUGGUAUAAAUUGAUUACUGCAAAAUACCACAUCCUCAAACAGACGGAGAGAAAGAAUAAACCAAUGAAUAUUAAUAGAAACCAGACAAUUAAAGGCAAGGCUUUAAAUGUAAGUGUAACCUAAACAUGACUGGAGUAAUAUGCUCUGGUUAACAUACAUCUGGAUCUGGCUUUUAAAUGAUAACAAUGUUUUACAGAUGGUACUUAUGUAAAACCCAAAUGAAAGACCAGCAUCAGGAGCAAAUCCUAGGCCCUUCAGAGCAGCCCAACAUUUUUUUGUACUUGCACAAAAAAAACAUGACAACAAUCCCCAACUUUGUUUCUUUCAGUCACAGUACCGAAUGUAAAACCUUAAAUUUUAACUAAAUUUUAAAAUUACAUUAGAAAAAAAAAAAUUAUUCAGAAAUGGACAUUCAGUUCUUCGUGUAAUGUAAGAUAAAAUCAUGCACAGCUGUAAAUAUUGUUAAAUUAUUAACGUAUUCUAAGUUGUCCUGCAGAAUUACGUGAGUUUAAGCCUGGGUAAUGUCGAAUCGGUUUAACUCCUGGAAUCAAGUGAAAACAAAGAGAUGCUCUGUUUUCACUAAGUGCUGAAAAUGACUGAUGUUACAGUUUCAAAUAAAUAUCUUCAUGGCUGGUGAGAGCCCACAACUCGACCUGAACUGCUCUUCUCUGUCAAAACAAACACCAAAAGCUAAAACUCUGACACUUGCAAGUGUGUAUGUGUUAACACGACAUGACCAACAUGUGUUACAUAGGUGUCUGGCCUGAGCUCUUCAGAUGGACCAUAAACCCCUCUUCACAACAGAGCCAGCCGUGUGAGAACACCGCAAGAUCUCCUCAUGAUCACACAUUUUUUUUUAAUGAAGGAGGUGACACUGUGCUAUAACAUCAUCAAGGAUCAAGUGAAAACUAUAAA